CCGGCUGCCAGGCUGCCGCUCGCCGCGCCUCCUGGGCAUCGCUCCCCGAGCGCGUCCGUCGCUCUCGCUCGGGACGGUCCGAGUCCACCCGCCCGCCGCAGCCCCACCGGCCCUAGCCCUUCGCUGACCGCCCUCUCUCUGCGUUGCAGGCUGCGAGCUCCACGCCGGAGCGUGUGCGCGCCUCCAGGAACCCCGGCGGCGAGGAGCCGGCUCCUCCCGGGCCCGAUGCAGUGCGGACGGUGGCGGUAAGCGCCCCACACUGGGCACCGCGCGUACUUGCUCCGGCGACCACGGGCAGAGCGCGGGCGGAGGGGAUGCGCCUGCCGCGAGCGCCCGCUCCGAGGUGGACGUCUCGCCGGGCUCUUGGCAGCGCCGCGCGGACCCCUUUCUCCCGGGGCACGCGGCUGCCGAGCCUCGGAGCCCUGCCGACCCGUGGCAUGCCCUGGGCGCCUCCCUGCGAGUGAGGAUGCCCGCCGGCGCGGGGUUGCGGCUCCAGACUCGGUCCGUGGUGGCCCCGACUGCGUGGGUUUGGGUGAGGGGAAAGCUGCGGAGUCCCUGAGAGCGUGUUCAGCCAGCGAUCGGAUCGGAAUUCGGAGAGCCAUGGACCACGGCACUGGGGUGCAGCCCCGGGCUGGAGAGCGGCUGGAAGCACCCGGCGCGGCAGGAGCUGUCCAAAAGCAGUGCGAACCCGAGUCCCUGAGGUCCAAGAGUUUACCGGUCUUGAACAGCGCCUCCUGCCGGUCAGACCUUAGUCCCGCAAGUGUAGACGCCACGUCCAGCUGCGUGGAUUCUCUGGACCACCCGGAGGCGAAGCCGGGCCUGUGUGGGAUGAGCCACAGCCCCUCUGCCCCUUGCUCUUCGGCAGAGGUGGCUGGGCUCGCAGACUGUAACCACAGCGUGGACAUCAGCAAAACCGUGUCGGUGUCCUCCGCUCUGGCCACGCUCCAGGGGAGAAGGUGCUUUUACGUGGUUCUCACGGAUUCCCGUUGCUUCCUGGUCUGCAUGUGCUUCCUGACCUUCAUCCAGGCGUUAAUGGUCUCCGGCUACCUGAGCAGUGUCAUCACCACCAUCGAACGGCGCUACAGUCUCAAGAGUUCCGAGUCCGGGCUGCUGGUCAGCUGCUUUGACAUUGGGAGCUUGGUGGUGGUGGUGUUCGUGAGUUAUUUUGGUGGCCGGGGUCGGCGGCCGCUGUGGCUGGCGGUUGGUGGCCUUUUCAUCGCCCUUGGCGCUGCCCUCUUCGCUUUACCUCACUUCAUCUCACCUCCCUACCAGAUCCAAGAGUUGAACGCCUCGGCCUCCAACGAUGGCCUGUGCCAGACUGGUAACAGCAGGGCGGCUUUGGAGCCCCCCGCCUGCCCGAAGGACUCGGGAGGAAAUAAUCACUGGGUCUACGUGGCGUUAUUCAUUUGCGCGCAGAUUCUCAUCGGAAUGGGCUCCACACCCAUCUAUACCCUGGGACCAACCUACUUAGACGACAAUGUCAAGAAAGAAAACGCAUCUUUGUACCUAGCCAUCAUGUACGUCAUGGGAGCCCUCGGCCCUGCAGCGGGCUAUCUGUUAGGUGGACUUCUUAUUGGCUUUUAUGUUGAUCCCAGAAAUCCUGUUCAUCUUGACCAGAGUGACCCGCGUUUCAUUGGAAACUGGUGGAGUGGAUUCCUCCUGUGUGCCAUUGCAAUGUUUCUUGUGAUAUUCCCAAUGUUUACUUUUCCAAAAAAGCUUCCUCCUCGACACAAGAAAAAGAGAAAGAAAAAAUUUUCCAUUGAAACUGUUAGUGAUGAUGAUGAUGUUAUGAAAGAGAAGUCAAACAAUAAUGAACAAGUGGACAAAAAAGUUUCUUCGAUGGGAUUUGGAAAGGAUGUCAGAGACCUACCAAGAGCAGCUGUCAGGAUCUUAAGCAACAUGACAUUCCUUUUUGUGAGUUUGUCAUACACAGCUGAGAGUGCCAUUGUAACUGCUUUCAUUACCUUCAUUCCCAAGUUCAUCGAGUCACAGUUUGGUAUUCCAGCUUCCAAUGCCAGCAUCUACACUGGUGUGAUCAUUGUCCCCAGUGCUGGUGUUGGAAUUGUCCUAGGAGGCUACAUAAUAAAAAAACUGAAACUUGGUGCCAGAGAAUCUGCAAAACUAGCCAUGAUCUGCAGCGGUGUGUCCUUACUGUGCUUCUCCACCCUGUUCAUUGUUGGAUGUGAAAGUAUUAAUCUGGGAGGCAUCAACAUCCCUUACACGACAGGACCUUCUCUCACUAUGCCUCAUAGAAAUCUAACAGGAAGCUGCAACGUUAAUUGUGGUUGUAAAAUACACGAGUAUAAACCAGUCUGUGGAUCAGACGGAAUCACAUACUUUAACCCUUGUCUGGCUGGCUGUGUUAACAGUGGCAAUCUAAGCACUGGGAUAAGGAACUACACAGAAUGUACCUGUGUUCAAAGCCGGCAAGUGAUCACUCCCCCCACCGUGGGACAGCGCAGCCAGCUCCGCGUGGUCAUUGUGAAAACGUAUCUUAACGAGAAUGGCUAUGCUGUAUCUGGCAAGUGUAAACGCACCUGUAACACCCUCAUCCCGUUCUUAGUUUUUCUGUUCAUCGUCACCUUUAUCACAGCAUGUGCCCAACCUUCAGCCAUCAUAGUCACGCUCAGGUCUGUUGAAGAGGAGGAGAGACCUUUUGCGCUGGGAAUGCAAUUUGUUUUAUUGAGAACACUUGCAUACAUUCCUACUCCCAUCUACUUUGGAGCUGUCAUCGAUACCACGUGCAUGCUCUGGCAACAGGAAUGUGGAGUGCAAGGCUCCUGCUGGGAGUACAACGUGACGUCCUUUCGUUUCGUCUACUUUGGUUUGGCGGCUGGCCUCAAAUUUGUGGGCUUUAUUUUUAUUUUCCUGGCCUGGUACUCCAUUAAGUACAAGGAGGGCGGCCUGCAGAGGCAGAGGUGGAGAGAGUUUCCUCUGAGCACUGUGAGUGAGAUGGUCCACACCGACAGUGCUAAUAAAUACGCCCGGACUAGAUCAUGCCCCGCUUUCAGCACCCAGGGAGAAUUCCAGGAAGAAACCAGUCUGCAAAAAGGGAACCAAUCCAUAGCACAGACCUAUCCGGGGCCCUUCCCAGAAGCAAUAACUUCCUCCCCGGACCCGGGGCUGGAAGAAAGCCCUGCAUCCAUGUAGCAUCCUUCUGGAAGCCUGGAAACGGGAGCCUCAGUUUUUGUUGGUUGAGUCGAGUAUGGUGACUUGUGAAACACCGUGCCUUCUUUUCUUUUUUUAACCUCUAAGGACACAAUCCUCAAACCAACUAAACUUAGUACACACAGCCACUACUGAUGGAGGGCUGGAUACCUCAACAAGACUGAGAGCCUUUACUUCCUCCUCUCUCCAAAAGAGGAGGCAUUUAGAUAGAUUUGUUACCAAUUAUGCUAUGAUAAUUCAAUGCUUAUGCUCUCAUAGGGUAUAAGGCUGGGGUACACGGUGAACAGAAUCAUGGGAAGUACAAUGGCAGCACAUACCAUUAGCAUACACUCCAAAACAAGGUGGGCUUGACCAUGACUUUUCAUGUACAAAUGGAAGUUUUUAAGAUAUGAGCACCUACUGUGAGUUUUGCAACAAAGCACAAAUGAAUUUGCCUCAACUAUGCAAUUUGAUUGGGGAAAUGUAAGUGCAGCAUGUUAUCUUUGCUUUCAUAGACUAAAACAGAAAUCAUUUUGAAAAGAGGAAGCAAAUUUUCCUUAAAGUACUGUUAAUAGCAUUUUAAGCCAUAGCAGCAUUAUAAAUCAGGUAGAAUUCUUCAAAUGCUUCAAAGGAAUCAUAUGCAUUGCAUGGUAAAGGAACAGCUACUUUAUUUCAUAAGACAUAUUCUCUUUUAGUCAGUCUGUCCAUCAUAAAGUAGUUAAAGAGGCUGCUGAAUCACAAACCUGAUAGCUUGAAUAUAAACUUAACUUUUGUUAAGGGGCUUUAAAACUAGUGUGCUAAACAAUCUGGCUAAAAACUGUCAUUGGCAUAAUGACGAACUGAUGACUUUCUCAUCCAAGAAAAUUGUUGAAGAAAUUAAAUUCCUUUAGCUCUCAAGAACUCACUCAUGUAAAGAAAGUUAAGAAUUGUAAUCUUGAUACUUGAAAUUGUUGAAAAGAGAAAUUUUAGACAAGUAAAAUUGAUCAUUACACCUGGUCAUUUUAGUUAUAUUCUUGAAAGUACUAGCAAAUGUGUGGCUUUAAAAAAUUACAAGAAAUUGUUGUGAUUGCUCUUGGAAUUGAGUAGUUAAAAACUGUAAGGCUGGGACAGAGAGAUUGUACAGCAGGCAGGACACUUGUUUGGCACACAGCAGAGGCGGGUUCGGACCCAUAUGGUCCUCUAUGCACUGCCCGGAGUGAUUCCUGAGAACAUAGCCAGGAGUAAGCUCUGAAUACCACUGGGUAUGGCCUCCAAACAAAAAUAAAUAGAUAAAUAAAAUUAAUAAAGCUGUAUCUGGGACAUAAAAUUUACUUUGAAUAUAGAGGAAGGAGAUUUGUGAGCUGGAUAUAGAACAUGACCCUAAGUAGUAGUAGGAAGUAAUUUAAAAUAAACUGGUCUGUCACACCAACUCCUAGUUUAUAUCUAAUAGAAUCAUUGUAAACCUUCCUUUGGUUCUGUCUUGCGGUGGUUCUGAGAUUUCUCUCUGUCUCUGAAUGCACUCUGCAUUCAUUAUCCAUCAUCCUUUUCACUCUCUCAGCACAUGUCGACUUGGGCACCACACAGAAAGCUUUUUAAAUGACUCUUAAGAAAAAUGUUUCUUGACAGUAGUACUCUGGAUUGAUGAGAGCAAGUAAACUCAUGAGAUCUGACUCCUCAGGAACCAUCACUCAGAUUUGGGAGAGACUAUAAGGAAAAAAUACCAAUAUAGGGGCUGGAGCGAUAGCACAGUGGGUAGGGUUUUUGCCUUGCACAUGGCCGACCCAGGUUCAAUUCCCAGCAUCCCAUAUGGUCCCCUGAGCACCGCCAGGGGUAAUUCCUGAGUGCAGAGCCAGGAGUAACCCCUGUGUAUUGCCGGGUGUGACCCAAAAAGCAAAAAAACACCAAACAAUAUAAUUAUGAUCUGUUUCUGCCAUUGACUUUAUAUUUAGGUAGGGAUAAUUUGGGGAAUAUUUGGGGAUAAUUUGGGGAAUCCUUGGAUGGUUCCUGCUCUUCCACAGAGGGAUCUGAUUGUCCCAUGAUUCAGGCUCUUUGCAUCUCAUCCUUGAUGGCACCGGUGGAUUAAUAUGAUUAUCCCUGGAAACAUGACUAUUUUCCUUGCUACCUAAAAUGGCAUUGGUUAGAUGGUCUCUUGGCUGCAUGCUAUUGGUGGAGAGAGUUCAGAGUAUUAGAUUAAAGCCUAACCUUUGAAAGUCAGUGCUCUUAGGGUAUGAAGACUUCCCUUUGAGCAGUUUUGUUAAGCUAUGUCCCAAGAACCAUUGCUGCCUGUACUGCACCUGUGUCUGGGAAACUUUGGUCAGCUUGGUGCAUAUUGAAGGUCUUCAGAGAAUCUUAAGGAGUAUAUACACAUUUUCUGCUGUGGAGCUUCCAUAUUCCUUUAUGGAAAUCCUCGAUUCUUUACAAAGGAAGUUUCCUUUCUGUUGAACAAGGUUGGUGGGAAAUGGUAUUUUGUUAAUCCUCCCAUUUCUUCAGUUGCUAAGGAACUGCAUCAAGAGAAUUUGGUAGGAUUGGAACUUUUGUAUAACAAGAUUGUAUAUUUCAAUACACUUAAAAUUUCUUUUCUGUCCCAUCCCACCCUUCCCCCACCUUAACAAUCAGUCACUGUCAUCCUGUUGCUCAUCGAUUUGUUCGAGUGGGCACCAGUAACAUCUCUCAUUGAGAGACUUAUUGUUACUGUUUUUGGCAUAUCCAAUAUGCACGGGUAGCUUGCCAGGCUCUGCCGAGAGGGCUCCAUACUCUCAGUAGCUUGCCAGGCUCUCCGAGAGGGGCGGAGGAAUCGAACUCGGGUCGGCCGAGUGAAUGGCGAACGCCCUACCGCUGUGCUAUCACUCCAGGGCCCCACCUUAAUUUUAUUUAUUUAUUUUUAUUUUUUAAAUAUUUGCUUUUUGGGUCACUUCUGACGAUGCACAGAGGUUACUCCUGGCUCUGCACUCAGGAAUUACUCCUGACGGUGCUGCUGGGGACCAUAUGGGAUACUGGGAAUCAAGCCUGGGUCGGCCGAGUGCAAGGCAAACGCCCUACCCGCUGUGCUAUUGCUCCAGCCCCAAUUUUUAUACAGGACAGCAUCACUGUCAUCCUGUUGCUCAUCAAUUUGCUCGAGCAGGCACCAAUAACAUCUCUAUUGUGAGACUUGUUGUUACUGUUUUUGGCAUAUUGAAUAUGCCACGGGGUGCUUGCCAGGCUCUGCCGUGUGGGCGAUAUACUCUGGGUAGCUUGCUGGGCUCUCCAAGAGGGGCAGAGGAAUCAAACCCGGGCAAACGCCCUGCCCGCUGUGCUACCACUCCAGUCAGAUUUUUCAAUUUUUAAAAAUGUUUUGCUUUUGGGGUCACACCCAGCAAUGCAUAGGGGUUACUGCUAGCUCAUGCACUCAGGAAUUACUCUUGGCGGUGCUCAGGGGGCCAUAGGUGAUGCUGGGAAUCGAACCUGGGUCUUCCGUGUGCAAGACAAAUGCCCUAUCCACUGUGCUAUUGCACCUUUAUUUUAAAACUUCAGCUUACAAAGUUAAUCACGAUGAUUUCUUACAGGCAUUCAAUAUUCCAAGUCCAAUCCCACUACCACUAUCACCUUCUCUCUACCAUACUCUUCAAUUUCUCCAACCACCCACAAGCCAGCCUCCAUAGUAGGCCUACACCAAUUUAUAUUUCUUGUUACUAUUAAAUUACUAAUGGAAUGAUCAAAAAAUAUUUCCUUAGAAAAAAAUUAGUAAAAAUUGUAUCUCACCAUGGGGACAUUAAAUCCUGUCUGAGAGAUUACUAAAACCUUGUUAUAAGUUAAGCCUUCUGUGUUAAUGUUUUUGUUAAUCGAGAUCAGUUGGCUCCUAUAUUACAUCCCGUCCAAUCUGAUGUGCCCCUACCAAAUUGUCGGACAACUGUCGCACUGUUGUCCCGUUGUUCAUCGAUUUGCUGAAGUGGGCACCAGUGAGGUCUCCCUUGUGAGACUUGUUGUUACUGUUUUUGGCAUAUCUAAUACGCCACGGGGAGCUUGCCAGGCUCUGCCAUGUGGGCAGGAUACUCUUGGUAGCUUGCCAGGCUCUCCUAGAGGGACAGAGGAAUCAAACCCAGGUCGGCCGUGUGCAAGGCAAAUGCCCUACCCGCUGUGCUAUUGCUCCAGUCCUAUCAGACAACACAUUUAGAAUUUAUUUCUUCUUGAUGGCACUUAUUGAAAAGGAUCCAUUCUCAGAAUUCCAGACUAGGGAAAGUGAUGGGCUCACCAGGUGUCAAUGGGAAGCCUCCAUUUUUCUAUUUUAGGUAGUAAUCAGGUUCUUCAAUAUUUAUCUAAUUACUACCUGCCACUCUACGAAAUUUCAGGAUGACUAGACCAGGAACCCAAAGAAAUUGGUCCCACACCACAAUGUUAAUAUUGUACUUCCUGAGUAUCUGAUGCUUAUAAAUAGCAGGUAUAUCAUUGAUGUGCUGUUGGUGAAUAUAGACUAGCAAAAAUCAUGGGAGAUUGACAUUUAGGAAUAAGUACCAAUUCAGAGUUGUCCCCCAACUUUUCUGGAUUCCAAUAAUAACUGUCAACCAAAGUGACUAUUUUGUAGACAGCACCAGUAAAUUGUAUAUAUGAAGUGCUUACAUGCUUGUUCAUAGACUGGUCAUGAUACUUUAAAGUCAUAGUUUCUUUUAUAAGUUUUAAUUACCACUUUCUGAGAGCUUGGACUUCUAAUUAACUAGCUUUGGGGAAAAAUCAUCUUGUUCUUUUAUGAACUCUGUAGAUUAAUGUAUUAUUUGGCAUUAAUAUGCAAAUAUAAUAUCCUGGAGUUAAACCUAUUAAUUUAUAAAUUCACAGGGGGUGGGAGUGGAUGGUUGUAUCACAUUCUUGUUGGUUAUCUUCAUUAUCACAAAACCCCAAGCCUCUCUAAAUGAAUCUAAUUCUUGUAAACAGUCAAAAGUUACUCAGAACUAAAGUGGGAGGAAGAAGAGGGAGAAAAUGAAGUAGCAUUUGUUGAGAGUUCACUCUGCAGAGCAUUGGCUCAAACUCUUAAAACAAAUCACAUAUAGCAAUGUCCUUAAUAAUUUUGUAAACUAAUUUUAUUCAUUUUUCAAAAACCAGGUCAUGAGAACUGAAGGUCAGUUGAAGUAAUUUGCUUAAGAUUGUUGUGUGGACAAAAAAAUUCAGACACUGGUUACUCCACCAUCAGUGCUCACUUCUUACACUACAGAAUAUUACAAUAGUUUUGACUGACAAAGGCAAGAUGAGACUCUCAAUGAGGUUACAGCAUUUUAUUUCCUACUGUGUUUCUUAGAAUACAGUAGUAUCAUUUCUUUGUGUAUGCUAGAAAAAAAACCUGUAGGGAACAUCAACAUGAAAUGUUUGGGUUUCAAGGUAAACUAACAUUUAUCUAACCAAGUGUUGUAAUCAAAAUUGUCAUAACAUACCUCAAGUGUUUGUUUAUAGUUAUUUGAUAUAGAACAAAUCCAAAUUUGGUGUUAGCCUUGAAUGUCAGUAGAGUUUCUGCCAUGAAGCAUUGUGAGGACGUGAAGGGUCGGGAUGGGGGUGUUCAAAUCUGAGUUUUUUGGGACUUCAACUGUGUUCUUUCCAUCCUUCCUCUUUCAGAUGUUAACACUUUUUUUUUUUUGCUUUUUUUUUGGGGGGGGUCACACCUGGCUCUGCACAGGGGUUACUCCUGGCUCUGCACUCAGGAAUUAUCCCUGGCGGUGCUCAGGGGACCAUAUGGGAUGCUGGGAAUCUAACCCGGGUCAGCCGAGUGCAAGGCAAAUGCCCUACCCGCUGUGCUAUCGCUCCAGCCCCUCAGAUGUUAACACUUUUAUUAGUAGUUUUGAUGACUGUUCAUGUUAAGUUCCCUAAUGUCAAGUUUUAAUGAACUUAAGUACAAAGGGUUAUGUGGUCAAUGAAAGUUUCAUGUUAGUAUGUUAGAUACCAAACUUCUGAUCCAAAUCUUACUCUUAGUAGCUGUGGUACUAAACAUGUAGCAUGCAUUUGGAAAUGAUAGCUGUCAGAGAAUGGGAUUACCUGGAAAAGGAUGCAGUAAAGGCAAUGACAGUUCUACACGUUCACUAACUACCAAGGACUUUAUUAUUUUUUUUUGUCUAAGCCUGAAAUUCCAAUUUGCAUUCUUGACAGAGCAUGAACAUUUUCCCUUGGAGCCUCUUGUGUAUCAUCUGUACAUGCUCCAAAGAAGAGUAAAUGGAUUUCAAUUUGUUUUGAAGCAUUUGUAGCAAUUCUGUAGUCUGCCCAAGAGCAAUAGAAGAGCUCAAACCCAAGCUAGUAGUAAACUCUAUUUUGUGAUUUUUACAAUGAACUUAAAAUACCUUAGCACAGAAACAUGAACAAAACGACUGCUAUGUAGGUGCAUACUGAGUAUUCUAAGUAAUAGCUCUCACUAUACCAUAUUAGUUCCAGAUUUGCCUAGGUUUGAGCCUUCUGUUAUUCAGACAAUUUACAAAAAUUUGCAUUUUUCUCUUUUAGAGUUUGGAAGGGAGUGCCUGGGCUGGCAGGCAUAGUGGACUCACACACUUUAUUUUGCUAUUUCUAUUUUCUGCCCUUCCCCACCUUCCGGAAAGCUAUUGAUUCUUUCUGCCCCAGACUUCUUGCUCCAUUGGAAUCAGAUCUGUGUAUGUCUGAAAAAGUUAUUCUAAAUACUUCAUUUUUUACUUAACCUUGGGAUGGGUCAAGUAAGACAAAAGCCCUCCCUGGGUAUUUGCUUUAGCAAAAUGGGAAGUAUAUCUAUGCCUUGGUGCUAAAAAGCAUUUGUUGAUGCAUGUUCACUACAGAAAACUUGCCACUAAUUCAUAGUAAUUCACUGAUAAGGGGCUGCAUGUGCUCUGCUUUUGAAAAUCUGGAGAACUUCCCAGAAAAUAAGCUUUCAUUUCUCUCGCAACUCCAGCAAACCCACAACUUGAUGCUGCAAAAUAAGAAGAGUGAAAGGGGAGAUACUUUUUCUAUGAAAAACUCAGUGCUUUUGAUAUUUAUUUUAGGACGAAUAAUCAGAUGCUCCAAAUAAUUUCAGAAAGAGGAGAAAAUAUUUCAGAUAACCUUUUCUUAUUUAUUCUCCAAAAUAGCUUACACCCAAAUAAGGUGUUUUCAUAUUGGGAUAUUUGAAGGCAUUGUCUUUCUCUGGUAUUGUACUUAUAUAUUUAAAAAAUGAGGAGGAAGAUAGUAUUGAAAAUUACAGCAAUUGCAGGGAUGUAUUGAACCAAAGGGGUAAACAAAAAUGUUUAAAGCUUGUAUCUAGAGAUGAAAAAUAAUUACUGGUAAGAAUUUCUAGUGAGCAUUUGAAAAAUACCUCUACCCCCAGCCCCCAAAUGUUAAUUAUGAAGCACUAAGCAGGUGGCCAGUCUCUGUCUCUUUAGUUCAAGAACUAUAUAAUGCUGUGUCAAAAAUAAACUGGCAUUAGGACCUUUGUGGAGUGUGUGCGUGGCGUGCGUGUUUUGUGUGUAGAGGUAUGCUUGUGAUGAAAGGUUGUUUAGAGCUGUUUUAUAAAGAAGUUUGAUUUUGUGAUUUUUAAAAUGAAUAUUUAUUUGGAGACCUCUUAGGGUAAUUUAAAAGAUGUAUUACUUUCCUUGUAUUUAAUGAAAUCUAUUGUCGAUGUACUAAUGAAUCCUGGUUUACAACAUCUUAAAUACUUGAUCACUGAAAAGAGAGAAAGUGGAAAAAAAAAGAGAAUAAAGUGUGUUAGAUUGAAAGGA